AUUUGCCCAAAUCAUGUAAAAGAAGGGACUUACAAACUCGGUUGUCCCGAUUAUGGAAAAACGUUUUUGAUGGGUUUUGAGGAUAAUAAAUAUAGUGAAGAGUUUUUAAAUGAAAUAAGUUUUGGUUUUUUGAAUAAAAAAUAUAAGCUUCCUAUAGAAAUUCCUUUGAACAAAAGUGGGUUAUCUAUGUACCAAGGUCUUUUUAAACGUUGUCCUUAUAAUAAGAAACAUUAUAGUAUGAUAAAAAAUGAAAAUGAAUACGAUAUGUGUUUUCGUAAAUUUUAUAACAAUAGUAAUAUAUCCACAAGGAUAUAUAAACGAGGUAAAAAAAAUAGAAAAUACAUAUAUUUUAGUUCACAUGGUCUUGGGGGGAGAUUAGGUGCUAAUAUUGAAGAACCUUUACAUAAAUAUAAGAACGAUGAACACUACGUAACUAAAAAAAUGAGAUAUCCAGAAAAAAUAAAAAAUUUGUUUGAUUGUUCUAUAUAUUCUCAUUGUAUAGGACCCUGCCUUUACAAAGAUUUUAAUAAUAGAUGCUUUCUUAAUUUACCCAUUCUUUUUAAUCACCAAACAAAAGAAUGUGUAAUUAUAGGAACACAUGAAGAAAAGAGAAUUCAUAACUGUCAAAGUGGAAGUACUGAUCAGAAUAUACAGAGAUGUUUUCUUCCUGUGAAAAAAGAAAAAGGUAAGGAAUGGACCUAUGCAUCAUCCUUCAUACGUACAGAUUAUAUGACAAAAUGUCCACCAAGGUUCCCAUUAAAUCAUACUAUGUUUGGAUAUUUUAAUUAUAGUACUGGAGAGUGUGAGACGUAUUAUAUGAAUCAUGAAAAACGUACAUUAUCAUUUUCAAAAUGUAUUGAAAAAUUAUUUAAUAAUAUUAAGAAAGAGGAUGAUGUGAAUAAUAGUUCAUUUUUAUGGGGAGUUUGGACUAUAGAAAAUAAUGCAAAUGAAAAAACGAAUUUAACAUCUAUGGAUAAUACAGGAUCAUGCUACUUUUUGAGGAAAAAGCCAACAUGUGUACUGAAAAAGGAAAAUCAUUUUUCUUUUACUAUAUUAACAGCAAAUUCAUUUAAUCUAAAUCAAAAUAUAAUAUAUCCUGAAAUAAAAGAUAAUUCUUCUAAAGUGGGUGCUAGUUUAAUUCAUUUUAAAGAUCCAAAACAAACUAAUAAAAGAGUGCUAUAUGAAAAUAAUAAAAAAUCAAAAAGAAAUGUAAGGACAAAUAUGAAUUCUGUAAAUCUAUUUACGAUACCUUCAACUUUAAAUACAAAUGAGAAGGAAAAAUAUAAUAAGAACGAAGUAAAAAAUUAUCCUAACAAUAAUAUAUCAUAUAUACAAAAAGUUCAUUCAUCUUUUGUAAACAGUAGGUUUAAUCUUCAUCAAGAUAGUUCAUUUAAACCAAUACAUAAAAUGAUACAAAUGAAUAUAUCUACAGAUAAUAAAUUAUAUGAUAAUAAUAAUCAAAAAAGUAAUAAUUCAAAUAAUAUUAUGAAUGGAAUAUCAGUAAUUCAAAGAAAUCCAUCUAUAGGAGAAAAUCAAAAUGGGAACCCGCAAAAGGAAUAUAUGGAAAGAUUUGAUAUUCCAAAUAAUCAUAUAUUCAUAGAAUGGCAAAAGGAAGGUGAAUAUGGAAAUGACGAAUUUAAAUAUAAUAUUAUAUCAAAUAAAACAGCAGGUACGAGUCAAUCAUUAUUCCAUAAUUAUAAAGACAAAACAUGUCCAAAUCAUGUUUAUGAAGGGAGGGCACAUGGUAGUUGUCCAAAUUAUGGUAAAACUAUUAUUGUACAAAAUCUUCUAGAUGAAGAAUAUGAUAUGAAUUUUAAUUUGAACUUUUUAAAUGAAAUACGUACAGGAUACCUUAACAAAUAUUUUAAGAAGGAUGUCGAAAUAUCUUAUGAAAAUAGUGGAAUAGCUAUGCAUAAUAACAUGUUAUCAAGUUGUCCAGUUGGCGAAAAUGAAGAAAAAUUAUUUUCUGUGAAAACGGAUUAUAAUUAUAAUAUGUGUAAAUCUAAAAUAUUUUCAAAUCGUUUUAACAUGAAGGAGUAUGACCCCAAAACACGAUUGUUUAUGUAUUAUGGUUUGUAUGGUUUAGGUGGAAGAUUAGGUGCUAAUAUUAAACGAGAUAAACAGAAAGAAAAAAAAUAUGAAGAUAAUAUAACAUUACCAAUGAAAAAUCCAUCACUAAUUAAGAAUUUGUUUGACUGCUCUAUAUAUUCUUAUUGUUUGGGUCCUUGUUUAGAAAAUUCUUUUGGUAAUAAGUGUUUCCGUAAUCUGCCUGCUUAUUAUAAUCAUUCAACAAAUGAAUGUGUUAUAUUGGGUACGCACGAACAAGAAAGAACAAAUUCGUGUAGAAGAACGAAAGAAGAAAAGGAAAAACCUAAUUGUCAGAUAUUAAGAAAAACAACUCAUUCGAAAGAUUGGACAUAUAUCUCUUCAUUUAUCAGACCUGAUUAUGAAACAAAAUGUCCACCUAGAUACCCUUUAAAAUCAAAAGUUUUUGGAACCUUUGACCAAAAAACAGGAAAAUGUAAAAGUCUCAUGGACGAAGCAUAUGAAGUUGGAAUUAAUAAAUUUUCAGUCUGUUUAGAAUAUUUAUUUUUAGUAUCACCUAAGGAUUUAUAUAAUAGCCGAAGAAAUAAGUAUUGGGGUAUUUGGGCAGCAGAUCAUUCUGUUAAUGAAAAUAAUAUUGAAAUAGCAAAUGGUAAAUGUUAUCAUUUAGUUGUAAAACCAACAUGUGUCAUAGAUAAGGAAAACCAUUUUUCUUUUACAGCACUUACAGCAAAUACUGUUGAU